AUGGAGCCCCGGAUAUGUUCGCCUUCUCAUGAGUGGAAUGUCCCUUCCUCCGUUGCAUUCAGAUCACAUGAUCAGAUCUGGACUGAACCAUUAGAUACUCCCGGAUAUGUUCCGCGUCAUCUCAAACGCGCCGCAACCAACCAAUUCCCGAUUCUGGAGCUUAUUCAGCGCCUACUGUACCGCCUUAAACCUAGCGGUAUGGGUGAAGUGGAGAGAAUACUUGCUUUAAUUGGUCUAUACCGAGCGUUGUACCCAGCUUAUACGUACCUAAAGGAUUUUUGUAUGUGGAUGUGUACUGUACAAGUCACCAUCCCAGAAGCUGAUCCUGUCGCAAAAGAGAUACUCGCUUGGAUAGGCUCAGAAGUUAUCGCAAAAAGUCAUUCAAGAAAUGCUAUGCUCAUUACAGGUGGCAUGCAAAAUUCUCAUCAAGCAUUUCCCCGUGUAAUGAUGCCCGCGCCUCCAGGAGCAGCAACGCACAAAAAGGACGACGAUAUCUUUUGCCUCUCACCAAUUGGUACACGACUCUUCUGGAUCGGCUUUCGCCCAUUUUUCUUCUGCCGUCGGGGUGUCCAGAGCUUUCGGAAUAACGCAUUAACAUCCAGCAAUACAGUCCACGAUAGCAGCCAAUUUCAAAAUGUCAUUACUCUUACCACUCUAGGAUGGAGUCUCAAGCCACUCCAAAACUUUGUGGAAAUGUGCCAUGGUUUCAAAUUGAAGCACCUUACUGGCACCACUACAGUUUACUUUGCAGGCAUUAGCCGCAACGACCCUUACGGGAGUGGUUGGCAAUCCGUAUCCAAGGCCGUCCGCAAACUCGACACCAUCGACAUGGACGAAGACGUCAAAUCAGAUAUCGUCAAAGAUGCCGAGUACUACUACAGUGAUGAGUCGCGCGCCUUUUUCGCCGACUGUGGCAUUCCCUACAGACGCGGAUAUCUCUUCUACGGACCCCCCGGCACUGGCAAGAGCUCCUUUAGCGCUGCGCUCGCAGGGCAUCUUAGAUGCGAUAUUUACCACAUUAGUCUAUCGAAUGGUGCCAUCAGCGACGACACUCUCCAUCGGCUCUUCUUGGGCCUACCACGCAAAUGUAUUGUGGUCAUUGAAGACAUAGAUUCCGCAGGUAUCGGCCGCGAAAACACCGCCUCGCGAAGAGCAGUACGCGAAGAGCGAAUGCACCGCUAUAUCCCGAACGACAUACUCGAAACAGAAGCCUUUGAAGAACUGCUACCUCGAAGACGUCCCACAUCCAAUUCAUCCUCUCGCAACCUAGUCACUCUAAGCGGCCUCCUGAACGCCAUAGACGGCAACGCUUCGCAAGAAGGUCGACUACUCAUCAUGACAUCCAACGACCCCAACGCCCUCGAUGCUGCCCUUACACGUCCUGGUCGCAUAGACAAAAAAGUGUAUUUCGGUAAUAUGACGAAAAGUGCCGGAAAGAGCAUCUUCAAGCGCUUGAUAGGGCGAUCUGCAAUGGCGUAUAACUCGGGCUUUACUUCCACGCAAAUUGAGAUGUGGGCGGAUGAGUUUGCGGAAAAGGUUCCGUCGAAUACUUUCUCUCCAGCUCAAGUACAAAACUUCCUCCAGGGCUGCCGCGGUGACCCAAUCAAGGCGUUGAACGAUGUCGAGGCGUGGAUUGCGGAGAAUCGACCUACACGUGUAAGUGGGGCAUUUGAUAGCAAGUUUGACUUGUCGCUUUCGGGAAGUGAGCCAGAUUCAGGGUGA